AUGCCAGAGCAACACGAAAAGGGGCAGGACGAUGAAGACGACCCCAUCAAGGCAUUAUGGAAGGCGUUGGACCUCUUGCUCUUUCCCAGCAAUGAAGCGUUCCGGGACUUUCGCGACCAGUUCAUCACGAUCCGAUUUCUAGCCCCCUUUGCCGUGCUCGUGCUCGUGCAGCUUGGUUCGAAGCUGGUUCAGAAGCUGGUGGAGCCAUGUUUUGUCCAGGGGCCUGACGACAUCGACAUUGAAAAGCCGUGGUCCGUGCUGACGGAAGAUGAGAAACAACGGAUUUCAGAGGAGCCCUUGAAAUGGUUGGGAAAGCGUUACUACAUCAACUUCGUCGCACGCCUCCUCUAUCCUCCUCUCCGGCUCGUUUUCUUCCACGUAGCGCCCUGCCUUUUGGUUUUGCGGUGCAGCUGGAACGAAGACGCAGAGUCGGCGUGGCAGCUCUUCGUGAAAGCCGUCCUGACUUCACUCUACGGGCUCUACCUCCCUUUGAGCCUGCGAUGCUUCGCGAACUUCGGAUGGAAGGUGCUCCAAGGCAGAGACCAGCAUCUCUUCUUGUGGAUGUUCUUGCUGCCCUUUAACGCGGGUUGGAAUCUUGAGGUUCUCUGGGGGCUCCACAGCGAAAGCCCAGUCCUCUCCCGGCUAGAUGAUGUUCUGAUCUGGGGCGGCCUAGGGCUCGAAUUUACGGUGUUCCAUUCUAUACUUACAGAUAAUAAAACGCAUUUCGUGCUUUUUGCUGCGGUCCUUCUCCCAAUGCAUACUGCGAGUAUCGUGGCUGUGGGCUUCAUCAGCCUGAGCUGCUGUCUUCUGUGUUCAGCACCGGGCUUUUGGAACUACAUGGGUGCUUUCCUGCUCCUGACUCCUGCCGCAACUUAUCUGAUCGCCUUAUGUGGCAAGUGGUGCAGAGCAACGUGA